AUGAUUGCUAAUGGUCAUAGCAUGGGCGGAUUAUGUAUAGGGCCAGGAUGGGCUUUGGCCCCCUGUCUGAUUUCCAAAGCUAGCGACAAGAAGUCAAAAUCGAUUUGUAUCUCACGUUCUUACCCAGUUCCUCCCCCAUCGUCGCUAGUCGCUACCUCCUUACCUUGCUCAGUCGCUGCUCGUUGGUCUUGCCAUUCACCACCACAACAGCUGUCACCGGAAAUCAGAUGCAACAUUAUAAACUCAGGUGGGGACAAUGGCUGGAGGAGCUGCAGAUUGUCAGUUUGGCACAGAAAUUUAGGCAUUAAGUGUUGUUUGCAUGAAUUGGCAAACAAGAGUAGGAUUUCAUUGACUGGCGCUUCAAAGAUGCUUGCCAACAUUCUCUAUUCUUACCGUGGGAUGGGUUUUUCUGUUGGGGCAAUGAUUGCGGGAUGA